AUGAAUAGAUUCCUCCUGGCAGAGAAGUGUUUUGACCAGAUUGACAUAUUUGAGCAACGACUCUCGGUCGGGGGCGCUUGGAACCCUACCCCCGGCAAAGCCGCGCAGUCUACUCCUGUUCCGCAAACUAAGCCUCCUCAGCGGGAGGCUGAUCUUUCUAAGGGGCCAAAUUUCAUGUCUCCUCUAUAUGAGAGACUGGAAACCAACAUUCCGAAGGAACUGAUGUGUUACUCUGACAAACCGUUUCCCGCGGAUGCUCAGCUCUUUCCCAAGCAUCAGACAGUCAGAAAAUACCUGGAAGAGUAUGCCGAGGAUGUGAAAGACCUUAUUCAUUUUGGGACAAAUGUCUUCCACGUAAUGCUGAAAGAUCUUCAAUUAGGCACCUGGGAUGUAGCCACAAUGAAUAUCUACACUGGUGGUGUCAAGAUUCGGACCUAUGAUGCUGUGGUGGUUGCCAGUGGCCACUUCACCGUCCCGUAUCUCCCAGAUAUCUCGGGCAUCUCGGCCUGGAAUCAGGCAUACCCUGGGAGCAUCUUGCACUCCAAGUUUUAUGACACACCCGAGCCCUUUCGGGGGAAAAAAGUGGUGGUCGUCGGCAACUCAGCCUCGGGGCUUGAUAUCGGUGCCCAAAUUAACGAAGUCUGCGAAGGCGCGCUGCUGGUCUCUCAACGUUCAGAAUCCUAUCUGGGAACGGCUCCGAAUACGGAUAAGAUAAUUUGUCCAGAAAUCGUUGAAUUUUUGCCUCCAUACCGGCACGACCGAGCUAUACGAUUUGCGGAUGGCCGCAUCGAGGAACAUGUCGAUGCAGUGGUCUUUUGCACCGGCUAUUUCUACUCCUACGAGUUUUUCCCCGCUCUGCAGCCACCGGUUGAAACCCACGGCUGGCGUACCGAGAAUGUCUACCAGCAAUUGUUCUACACUCCGUAUCCUACGCUUGUCUUCCCUGUCCUCUCACAAAGGGUGAUCCCUUUUCCCAUGGCCGAGAACCAAGCCGCCGUUUUUGCUCGGGUGUGGUCCGGACGACUGAGUCUUCCCUCACGAGCCAUGAUGGAAGAAUGGGAGCGGGCCGAGGUGUCUUUGAAAGGAGAUGGCAAAGCGUUCCACCUGCUCCCGUUUCCCCAAGAUGCCGACUACAUGAAUUUCCUCUACGACUGGGCCACCAGAGCAGCGCCACGACACGGACUCGAGAACAACGGCAAUGGAAAACUUGGAACUUAUUGGACCGAGCGGGAGCGAUGGAUGCGUGCUCUAUUUCCGGAUAUUCGGAGAGCCUUUGUCCUGAAAGGCGAGCAGCGAAGCAAGAUCAAGAGUAUUGAGGAGCUGGGCUUUGAUUUCGGUGAAUGGAAACGGGACCAAGCCGAUUCGAUGCAUACGGAUGGCCACCCGGUCGCUCUGCCAUUUAGAUAG